CGUGCGUGGAGCCGGGAGCGUGGAGCCGCCAGGAGCGCACACACACACACACACACACACAGAGCGCCGCAGAAGAUGGACGGAGUGGGAUCGUUCGGAGUGGGCCGGACCGGGUCCACCAUUGACCCGAUUACCUUCGCCAAGCAGCCGCAGACCAUCCUCAGAGUGCUGUCCUGGAUAUUUUCCCUGGUGGUCUUCGCCUCCAUUGUGAACGAGGGUUAUGUGAACAUGGGCAGCGAGCGCCUCCACUGCGUCUUCAACAAGAAUGCGGACGCGUGUAACUACGGCGUGUUCGUCGGCCUGGUGGGGCUGCUGGCCUGCUCCUUCUUCUUUCUCCUCGACUACAAGUUCUCCUCCAUCAGCUCGGUCAAGGACAGGAAGAAGGCGGUGAUGCUCGAGAUCGGGUUCUCAGGUUUCUGGGCCUUUCUCUACUUUGUAAGUUUCUGCUUCCUGGCCAAUCAGUGGUCUCGGACUGAAGCCGAUGAGCUGCCGCUCAACCAGGGGGCCGAUGCAGCUCGGGCGGCAAUCGCCUUCUCUUUCUUCUCCAUAAUCACCUGGGCCGGGUUAACCGUGCGCGCGGUCCAGAAGUACCUGCUCGGCACAGACAUGACCCUGUUCACCACCGAGCAUCUGGACGGCGCCGCGCCCACUCAGCCGUACCCCUCCAACUCGCCCGGCGGCACCACCACCACCACCGAGACCGCCGAAACCUACCAGAACCCGCCGUUCACCGAGAACAACGCAGCUCCCACGUACCAAGUCCCAAUCUACUAGAGACGGAGACGACAGACCCGAAGGUGGGGAGAGAGAGAGAUGCAGAUUGGUGGAAGUUGCUUUUUUGUGAUGUUACACGUGUCAUGUGUUGAUCUGGGCAAAGUUUUUGAUAAUUGUUUUUAAAAAAAAAAAGAAAAAAAGAGAUGAUAUGGCCUCUUCUUGUGCGUUUCCUCCUCUUGUUCAAUAACAUUCCAGCUUUAUCUGCACUUUUUGUAGAUCUGUCGUUGGAACAGACUGGCAGAUUCAAGGAUCUUAGUGUCAGAGCAGAUAAAACAAAA